AUUAUAGAAAUUUGUGUGUAGACCCAGUAAGAGAUUGUACAAUCAUUUCAUUUUUCCCUGGGCAAUAAAUCUAUUUUUUUUAUAGAGACAUGUGGUCAAUGGAUUGUGAUAGUUUUGCUGAACUUUGUCGAGGAUAUUUACCAUACUAUUUAUUAAUAUUUUUGCCAAUCUUCAUCAUUAUUUCGCCGGUCAAUCCUGUGACUGCCUCCCACGAGUUUCCCGUAUAUCGUAUGCACCAAUAUGAUUUGCAUGGGAUUCCGCAUGGUUGCCGUAAUGCACCUAUUUCCUUAGAGGCAAGAUCAUUGACUGGAUGGAGUACUUCCAGGCAUUGCGUAGUUGCGAAAGCUCUAGAUAUCACUCCAUCUUUCUUCCAGUCUAUUAAAAGUAAAGCUGGUGCAUUGGUAAUUGUUUUACCUGAAAGAUUGAAUGAGCUAACAGUGGAACAAAAGCAGCACAUUAUGAAUUUGGAAGUGUCUAUGAUGUACAGUUCUGAAAUAAUGAUACCAGUAUAUUUUGUAUUGUGGCAUCCAGAUCUUCAAACAAUCCUAAGUGAUAUCGCAGAUGGCUUUAUUACUGAUGAAAAAGCUGGUUCAGCAGCAGAAGCCAUGUAUAAUUCAAUUUCUGCUAGUGGUUAUCAGGUAGUAGUAGCAUCUGGACAAGCACUUCCUAAAACAGAUGUUAAAGUUGCCACUCUGCAUGGUAAAUUAACUGGUACUGGUGCUGAAGAAAAGUUACCUACAAUAGCAAUAGUGACACAUUAUGAUAGUGCUGGUAUAGCACCUGAAUUGUCAUUUGGUGCAGACAGUAAUGCUUCUGGUAUAUCCAUGCUCCUAGAAAUAGCAAGAUUGUUCUCUGCUUUAUAUUCUAUUGGUCGAUCAAGGCCACAAUAUAAUCUUGUUUUUAUUGUAACUGGAGCUGGUAAAUUAAAUUAUCAGGGUAGUAAGAAAUGGUUGGAGGAUCAAUUGGACAGUCUUGAAGGAUCUAUCAUACAGGAUGCGGCUUACGUAAUAUGCCUUGACACAGUUUCUGCAAGUGAUAAUUUAUAUAUACAUGUGUCGAAACCGCCUAAAGAAAAUUCAUCCGGUGGUUUGUUUUACAAAGAACUUAAAGCUGUGUCACAGUCAUAUGCUGUCAAUGUUGAAGGCGUGCAUAAGAAGAUAAAUCUUGCAGAAGAAAUAUUAGCUUGGGAACAUGAGAGAUAUAGUAUUCGAAGAUUGCCAGCUGCGACUCUAUCUACAUUAAAAAGUCACGAAGAUCCAUCUAGAACUACUAUAUUAGAUGUCACUAGAGAUGGACAAAUAGAUAAGUUGUACAAACAUACUCAAGUUGUCUCUGAAGCAUUAGCGCGCCAUAUAUAUAACUUGAGUUCCAGUCAAAUAUUCGCUGAUUCCUUGGAUGUUUCAAAGGAAUCGUUAUCCUUAUGGUUCAAUUAUUUUGCUUCUCAACCACGAGCAGCAUCUCUACUAGCAGAUAAACAUAAUUUACUAGUCACUACUUUAAAAGAAGCUAUGGCAAGAUAUUUGGGAGAUAUUAAGAUUACUUUGCACACUCCUGAUAAACGAGAUCCAGAAUUUGUAUUCUACAAUAUUGCAAAAGCAACUUUGAAUGUAUAUAGUGUAAAGCCUGCUGUGUUUGAUCUCUUUCUUACGAUCGGCAUAAUUUUGUACUUGGGGAUACUGUACAUAAUUGUACAUAAUUUUCCAUAUGCUUAUUCCAUAGCAACUAGAUUCUCUGCGAAAAGCAAGACAGCUUAAAUGUUAUUUCAUAUUUAUAAAUGAAAAACGGAGUUUUCUUUGAAUUUCAAUUUUCUAAAAUAUGUUGAACGAUCGAUUUAAAAAAAGAUCGAUUUUGUAAAAAGAGUUUACUAGGAUUAUAUUAGAUAAUGUUUCUUCUAAAUUAUAUAAAUUAUACAUUGAUGUGUAUGUAAGUAUUUGCAGAAGAUGGGAUAUAUCAAAGCAUAUACAAAUUUAUGUAUUCAUUUAAUGAACUUUUAAUUAUGUAAUAAUUAAAAAUAUAUGAACAUGUUUUUUUAUAAUGCUUAA